AUGGUGCGGGGCGCUCCCCGGGGGUUGGGGCCGCCGCUACUGCUGCUCGCGCUGUGGCUGCAGGGCCGGGGGGGCAGCGCGGCGCCCGCGCCCCGGACCGAGGAGCUGAGCCUGGGAGUGGAGUGGCUGAGUCGGUUCGGUUACCUGCCCCCACCAGACCCUGUGACAGGGCAGCUGCAGACCCAGGAGGAGUUGACCAAGGCCAUUGCAGCUAUGCAACGGUUCGGGGGCCUGGAAGCCACCGGUGUCCUCGAUGAGGCCACCCUCCAGCUCAUGAAGACACCACGCUGCUCACUGCCAGACCUGGCUAUACCUGGGGCCCGGAGAAAGAGGAACACCCCCACCCUAACCAAAUGGAGCAAGAGAAAUCUGUCCUGGAGGGUCCGCACAUUCCCACGGGAUUCCUCACUGGGCCGGGACACGGUCCGCGCACUCAUGUACUACGCCCUAAAGGUGUGGAGUGACAUUACACCGCUCAACUUCCACGAGGUAGCAGGCAGCAACGCGGACAUCCAGAUUGACUUCUCCAAAGCGGACCACAAUGACGGCUACCCCUUCGAUGGCCCUGGGGGCACCGUGGCCCACGCUUUCUUUCCCGGAGACCACCACACAGCUGGAGACACCCACUUCGAUGAUGAUGAGGCCUGGACUUUCCGAUCCUCAGAUGCUCACGGGAUGGAUCUCUUUGCUGUGGCUGUCCACGAGUUUGGCCACGCCAUUGGGCUCACCCACAUCUCAGCCAUACAGUCCAUCAUGAGACCCUAUUAUCAGGGCCCCGUGGGCGACCCCCUGAAAUAUGACCUGCCCUAUGAGGACAAAGUCCGCAUCUGGCAACUGUACGGUGUCCGGGAGUCUGUCUCCCCUACAGCCAAGCCAGAGGUCACUGAGACUGAGGAUCACCCCUUUCUCCCAGAGCUCCCAGACAACCGCACCACUGUACCGCAAAGGAAGGAUAUACCCCAUCGGUGCAAUGCUAACUUUGAUGCUGUGGCCCAGAUCCGAGGGGAAGCCUUCUUCUUCAAAGGCAAGUAUUUCUGGAGGCUGACCCGGGACAGGCACCUGGUUUCCCUACAGCCCGCCCAGAUCCACCGCUUCUGGAGGGGUCUUCCACUCCACCUGGAUAGUGUGGAUGCUGUCUAUGAGAGGACCAGUGACCACAAGAUUGUCUUCUUUAAAGGAGACAGAUACUGGGUCUUUAAAGACAAUAACGUUGAGGAAGGAUACCCUCGGCCUGUCUCCGACUUCAGCCUCCCGCCAGGUGGCAUCGAUGCUGCCUUCUCCUGGGCCCACAAUGACAAGACUUAUUUCUUUAAGGACCAUCUAUACUGGCGCUAUGAUGACCAUGCUCGGAGGAUGGACCCCGGGUACCCCGCAGAGAGCCCUCUGUGGAGGGGGAUCCCCAGCAUCCUGGAUGAUGCCAUGCGCUGGUCUGAUGGGGCCUCGUAUUUCUUCAGGGGCAAAGACUACUGGAAAGUACUGGACAGUGAGCUGGAGGCCGCACCUGGCUACCCACAGUCCACUGCCAAGGACUGGUUGGUGUGUAGUGACAUGCAGGCCGAUGGCCCUGAGAAUGAAGUCAGAGCUGAGGGAGCCAGGACUGGGGCCCGCUCGAGGCCCGGCCAACAUGACGAGAGCCGCUCAGACGGUGGUUAUGAGGUCUGCUCCUGCACAUCCAAUGCUUCCUCUUUGGGGCACAUCUCCAAGCUGCUCGUGGCCCAGCUGGCAGUGGCCAGCCUCUGGACAGCAGCCCCGAUGGCCACAGUGCUAUGACACCACUGAUGCUGGGCUGGGAGAGGGAAGAGCUGGGGUUGCUCCCCCCAGGGACCACUCACAGCCAACACCAAGGGCAGGGAUCCCCCCCUCCCAGGGCUGGUGAGAUAUUCUCCAGGAGAACAUGGUGCAGUUUGGAGUUGCAGUCAACUCUUUUCUUCUAACUCAGCCUUGAAGAUAAGGAUGAGGCCUCUAUCAGCCCAUGGUCCAAAGCUCUUUCAUCCUGGCCUCACAGAAGCUGAAGG